AAUAACACAUUAUUUUUCAUUCUCUUCCUUCUUAAUUAUUCUAAGUGCUACUUUCUCUUUCAAUUGGCAAAGGCAUGGGGUUCCUAAAAGCAAUAAUCAUCAUAGCAAUAACCAUAGGGUUGUCUAUCACAAUCACAAUGAAAACAAUUACGCACGAAUCGAAACCGGCAUCGAUUCACCUCGAUUCUCUUUCACAAGAGCAACCACAACUAAUCCUCCAUGAGAAAAACAAGUUUCUUCCUUCAAAGAGGGUAAGUCGUCUCCUAGCUCAAAACCUUAAUGCACCUAUUCAUUGUCACAAAGACGACGAGAUUUGCUAUCUUUACGGUGCCAAGAAUGCUACAUGUUGCAACAAUAAGUGCAUGGAUUUGGGAUAUGAUAAGCAUAAUUGUGGUGCAUGCAAGAAACAUUGCAAAUAUACUCAAACAUGUUGUAGAGGUGAAUGUGUUGAUACAAACUAUGAUAAGAGGCAUUGUGGAGAGUGCAAUAAUCGUUGUGAAAUUGGUCAAUAUUGUGUCUAUGGAAUGUGCGAUGGUUACGCAUAAGAUAUUAUUUAUUGAGAA